GGUUUGGGUGCAGAGGAGGAAAAAAAACACGACCAUCUGAAAGGAAAUAGAGGAGCAAUGUCAGGAGGAAAUAAAGAGAGGAAGGAGUGGAUGACUCAGAGACGUAGAGAAAUAGGAAGAGUCUUGGUAGUAAAUUGUAGGGAGCGUGCACAAACAGGUUGCUCGGCGUGAAAACAUCCACGAUCGGGCACUUCCUCCACCACGCAUUCAUGAAAUACGAAUUCAGAUAUUUUGCCCUACAAUUUAUUUAAAUGCACGCGCAGUUAAAAUCGCGCCCUAUACAGCAACAGAUCUUCUCCGAAGGACACGCAUUGAGGAACUACUAAUAAGAUUAUAACUUUAAUAGUGUCAAAAGGGGGAAACCAUCCAACGUGGGGGACCGGAAACCGGCCACAGCACCGCCAUAGUAUAGGAUCUGUUAAAGCACGUUUUUGAGGGGGCGCCAUGGAACGCCCAGGGUCCGGUGUACUGUCCAGGAGCCGAGCCAAGACGGCCAGUGGCAACGGCAGCAGUCAGCAGUCGGAGGAAGACAGCAGCGAUGAGGACCGGACGCACGACAGCAUGAUCCGGGUAGGUGGGAACUACCAGCCCCAGAUUCCUGAGUACAAACCUGACAGCCCGGCUCGCUAUGCCGAGAAUGACCAGCGGGGGGUGCUAGUGUGGUCCCCCAGCCACCUGGUUUCGGAGGCCCAGCUGGAUGAAUACAUCCUGAUGGCCAAAGAGAAGCAUGGAUACAACAUUGAGCAGGCCCUAGGCAUGUUGCUGUGGCACAAGCACGACGUGGAGAAGUCCCUAGCCGACCUGGCCAACUUCACCCCUUCUCCAGAGGACUGGACGGUGGAGGACAAAGUGCUGUUUGAACAGGCCUUCAGUUUUCACGGCAAGAGCUUCCACCGCAUCCAGCAGAUGCUCCCAGAUAAGCUCAUCUCCAGCCUGGUGAAGUAUUACUACUCGUGGAAGAAAACUCGAAGUCGCACUAGUGUCAUGGACCGACAGGCACGGCGGCUGGUCAGCAAGAAGGAGAGAGAUGACAGCAGUAACGAGGCUGAGGAGGGCGCUGACGGGGGGAGCGACAAUGACUUCGAGGUGGAGGUGAAGAAAGAGGCCGAAAAACAGGCUACAGGGAGUCAGAUGGGAGGUGGGGACAGGGCAGCAUCCAGCCGGCCCGGCCCGCUACGAAAAGAGAGCCAGGGCUCACAGUACCGGCACCAUCCCCUCCGAGCCCGCCGGCGCCCCCCGAAGGGCAUGUACCUCAUGCAGGAGGACAUCAAUGCCGUCUCGGCCUCCUCAGAUGCGGGGGUCCUGUGUCUCAAGCAGCUGGACGGCCAGUUGGUGUCGCUGAAGAGACGGGUCCAGAGCAUCAAGCAGACCAACAGCGGCCUGAGGCUCAGCCUGGAGGGAGGAAUUGAGACCAUAAGGCCUACGGAGUCUGUCCCCAAGAUCAACUCCCGCUGGACCACAGAGGAGCAGCUGCUGGCCGUCCAAGCAAUCAGACGCUACGGGAAAGACCUCGCGGCCAUCGCUGAGGUGAUCGGGAACAAGACCGUCUCCCAGGUCAGCUCCUUCUUCAUUAACUACCGGCGGCGCUUCAACCUGGAGGAGGUGCUACGGGAGUGGCAGGCGGAGCAGGAGGUGCUGCAGGAGCAUCCCGGGGGGCCUGGCGACUCCAAGGGGGCGGCCGAGGCCGGGAGAGGUUUUUCAGGGGGCAACGGCAGCACAGAGGAGGACGAGGUCCAGAUCACCGCAGAGUUCUCUUCAGCUAACAGGACACCAGCUCCUGUCAUGGCCGAUAAUGCAGAUGGCACCGGCGUAACCCAAAGCGCGCCUUCUCUGUCUCAGCCACCCCCGCUGCUGCGCCCCGCCCCCCCAAGUCUCCUCCGCCAACCCCCGCCCCUGCAGACCCGCCCCCAUCAGCUGCGUACCCCUCACAACCACCCGCCGCCUCCUCUUAUACGCCCCGCCAUGGCUGCUGCCCGCCACCAGGGGGGGCUCCGCAACACCCAGGGCUCUCUCCCCAGUUCCAAGUCUCCGUCGUUGUCCACCUCAGCCGACCAGCUGCCACUAUCGCUGGUGGGGGUGAAGAUGGAAUCACCGCAGGCUAACUGAUGGUGCAGCCAGAUUUCUUCCUCUUCGAGCCACACAAAAAAAACAACAGCCAACCUCAACCCCAUCGUAAGAACCCUCAGAAUCUGGGACGCAGAGGACAACAGCUGUUACCUCCCGACCCAUGACUGUGACAAAAGUGACCUACAGGCUCAGCUGACAAUUGACCAAAUUGUACGGCGCCUACAGGUGACCACGAGGAUCCAUUUUGAAACCAAACAGUGGUCUUACCCCCACACACCGAGACCAUCCAACCAAAAUCCAUAUACACUGGAAUGUUGUGGCUGAUGAGGUGAACUAUGACAAAGGAUUUACUUGAUUGGUCCCUGGCAGAGCUGCAGGGCGACUCCAGACACGUUCUGAUAGGCUGAAUGCAGAAUGGUAUCUAUGGAGACGCAGCAUAUGUUUGCGGCUUGGUGACAUCAAUCCCACGGUGAAGAGUCGUCAAUCACCGAUGAGCCAUAUCGCACUAGCCAUUUGAGAAAAUAGUAGUAGUUAACCUGUAUGUGAGAGUUUUCCGGCUUACUAAACAGAGAACGGUGCGUGAGAUCAUUCUGACCUAUUCAUUUGGCUUAACUAGUCCCAUUACGAGUUAGUUAAUACCCACCCUUUUCUCUACAUAAACACUAAACACACUGCUAUACACUAUUUUUUAGAUGGGGGUACAAAAAAAGCAGGCACCAAUGUUCUACAUAAUUUGGAAAAAGUAUUUUUAUAUUAUGCCACACACGUAUAAAACGGUGAAAACAGUCCUCUGAUGGCUUGUGAGUUUGAGACCCGUUUCUAACCUUUUUUUGUCUAGAGUAGAACCAAAACACUAAAAAGUUAAAUUUGACCUGGACUAAAUGAAACUAAAUAUGUAGACAUCAUGAAACGCACACGGAAGCAACCGCGCAAGCGUAGGACGGAGUCCACCCUGUGCUUGUGAACGGGUGUGGGAUCAGUUUUCGUUGUAUGUGGACCUGUCGUAUUGUUAGAACCUUAUUUAAAAUAAAAUACUGCAUCUUGAACCAUUUGUAAAGUCAUCCAUGUUUCGUUAAUCUAAAUCCAAUUAAACAAGGGGAGAUUGAAGGACAUCACACACACACACACAAAAAAAACCAUAAUGGGAGUAUGACCCCAUUCUAACUGAAAAGUUUUGUGUUUUGCGGACAGUGGUUCUUGGAUUGUCAGUUACUUGAUUAUCCACACAUUAACACUGUCUGUCAUUUGAAUAGCGCCGCCCGACAGAUACUCGUUAAUGUGCCAAUGAACCCUUUUAACGUACGAUUUUAUCCAAGGCGAUGCACAAUUGAGAAAGU